AUGCAGCGGAACGAUGCUUCUUUUAGGACAUUUUUGGAUUUAUCAUGCGCUGACAAAUGCUUUGAGCAUAUCCUUGCUCGUACGAUGAUGUUUGAUAGAAAUGCUAUUUCAAGCUUAUUUUUACCGGCUUUUGAAAGUGCAAUGGAAACAGUAGUGGAACGUAUGGCUGUUCUGAACAUAUCAAAAGUAGAGCUGGUCGCACUGAGUGCCGUACUGCUCCUUGAUCCAUGUAUGGCUUUCCCGACAGUGAUCAAUUUUUGA